CCAGACAAAUGGAACGGACGCCAUCUUUUCCAACAGUUUAUUCAUCUACCACGUUCCCGACGUGUCCUUCAGCCGACCCGUGAGCGUGCCUUUCUCCUGUGCCUACCCUCUGGAAUCAGAGACCAGCCUGGAUGUGGCCAUCAAACCCUACCUGUCGCUGAAGGGUUCCAAAGUCGGUAAGGGCUCCAGAGUGGGCUCCAACAUGACUCUGUACCACAGCGACGACUUCACAAAGGCUUACCCAGCGGGCGGAGUCACCUUGUCGGUGGGUUCCGUGCUGCACGUGGGCGUGUCCGUAGAGGAGUCCGAGACGGAGCGUUUCGUGGUCGUUCUGGAGGACUGCUAUGCCACACAAUCCCCCGACCCUAAAGACAUCAUGCGAUACUACAUCAUUCAGAACAAAUGUCCGACUGAAUUCCGUCAGGUGAGGGUGGAGGAGAGCGGCUCGUCUCUCAGGGCUCGCUUCUCUGCUCUGCUGUUCCUGUACCAGGGGGACUACCGGGACGUCUUCCUGCACUGCAGACUCAACCUGUGUGACCAGAGGAGCUCCUCCUGCACUCCAGUGUGCGCCAAAAGGAAAUACCGCUCUGUCACCCCCUCUGUCCCCCUCGAACCCCUCACCAUCGGACCAAUCACCUGGUCCCAAAAUGAAGAUUGAACUUGUCAUGCUUCCUGUCUCCUAAAAAAUGAAUCCAGUUAUCUAAAUAAUUUAUGUAAAGUUCAUAAAUAAUGCAUAGGUGAGAUUAGGUGAGCCAUUUUUUGUUUAAUAUCUUACAUACAUCCUGUUAUAAAUAAUGAUAUUUUUAUAUUUCUCGUAUUUCUAGAAUGAUUAGGAAAAUAUUUCUAUUUGAACCAACACAAUUUCAUUGUUGAACCUUUAACUAAGGCUUGAGGCCAGAAAGUGUAUGUGCUGGCCACUAAUGUUUGUAACGUGAAAAUACAUGGACAUCUAGUUGGGAUUAUAUCAACAUAAACAUCUCCCUUUUCUAGUUUAAACUGCAGCUAUAAAAUCAUUUCAUCCUAUUGCUCUAAAAUGCUUUGUAUGUUCAGUAAUUUAAGUGUUA